ACUGAAUACCACAAAUUUUGUGAGAACAGUAUGCUAACAUACGUGGUUUUUUUUGUUGAACAUAAAAAGAAACUGUGGCGGUAAGGAAACGAAGACUAACACUACAAAAGUGUUUUUGACAUUUUUAAUGAGUUGUAAAUGUUAAGAAUAUUAAGAAUUCAAUUUUAGAUAAUCGUAUGGCGCGUUCAUCACGGUAUUCAAAAUUUCAAAAUGUUUUUGGGCAACAUACAUUGGAAAAAUUUAAUGGAUUAUCUAUUCAUAAUCAACAUUCGGAAGGAUCAGGACUUGCUGUGAGUUUUUCACACUUAGCUUUUCCUCAUGGUGCUUCAGGAAAUGUUGUAUGUGGUAUAGCAAUGAAGUCUAUAGGUGAUCGGUCUCCUCAACUUUUUCUUGGCAAACAUCAUAAAGGCGCUAUACAAGAUUUGCAGUUUUCGCCCUUGUGUGAAAAUCUCCUAGCUACAUGUUCUAACGAUAUGACCGUGAAAAUUUGGAAAAUACCGUAUGAUGACACUGGCGACAAUCCCGUUAAUCUUGUUCCUUUAAUAACAUUUCUAGGACAUCAUCGUAAAGUCGUGACGUGCCGGUUCAAUCCCGUGGUUUCUUCCGUUUUAGCUUCAGGAUGCUACGAUCAAACGAUAAAAAUCUGGGAUUUACAAAAACAAGAAGCCAUGCUAGAAACAAAAUUAUAUGAUGUUAUGUAUCAUUUAAAAUGGAAUCGCUUAGGAAACCUCUUAGCAGUUUCAACUAAAAACAAAUAUAUUAAUAUAUUUGAUCCAAGAGUUACGAAAUCCAUUACUCAAAUCGAAUCGCAUCUUGGUGGUAAACCAACGAAAGUUGAAUGGUUCGGUGGAUCUCUUGUACCCGAACAUUAUUUAUUCACAACAGGAUUUGAUAAAGGAGCGAAUCGAGUGUAUCAGUUUUGGGACACCCGCAACACGGCGCAACCGUGUUUGAAAGGAUUAUUAUCAAAAGGAACAAAUAGUCUUUUUCCUUACUGGGAUGAAGACACUGGUCUUUUAUUUUUAGCUGCACGAGGUGAUGCAUCUGUGCAUGUAAUGGAGUACAUGGAUGGUGAUUUUUACAAUAGAAGUUCUUGUGGUUCAUUUUCUGGUUGCCGGGGUUUCGAUAUGGGUCCUAAAAGGCUUGUUAAUACUUCUAAAUGUGAAAUCGCAAGAUGUUUCAUUAUUGAAUCCAAUGAAACAAUUCAACCUCUGGAAUUCAUUGUUCCUAGAGAGAUUAAAAAGUUUUAUGCCGAUUUAUAUCCCCCGUGUUUUCGUGGACAACCUUCCUUGGAUAGUAAUGAGUGGUUUCAAGGACAAGUAGCGACACAAUAUUAUCGUGCUUCAAUGGAACCACUGGAAGAUGGAACGAGUCCUUUCGCAAUAAGAGUGUAUGAUGGACCUAACGAUUCUUCUUGUUUCAAUGUCGCUUCAUUAAAAAAAAGAACAUUUUUAGAAAAACGUCAGGAUUCAUUCGGUCAAGAAGAUAAGCAUAAUUCUUCUUCAACAAUUGAAUUUUCACCUUCAACCUCUGAUGACAAGGAUCCUUUACAAAAUUGUGCUUUGCUUAUUACGCAGCUGAAUGAAAAAAUUAAAACUUUAGAACACAAAAAUUUCAUCUUAACUGAAAAAAAUAAACAGUUACAAAAAAUUUUUGACCUAUGCGAAAAAACUAUGAAAGCUGUCUAUAGCAAAGGAUUAAAAGAGAGUAAUGAAAUGCCUUAUGUGGAAGACCGUAAUUUGUAAAAAAUAUGCAAUUUCUCUCGUGCAAUUUUCUGACACGAUUUCAAUUAACUCACUAAACUUUUAAACAAUUAUUUUUGAAAUUUUCGUAGCAACACGAGUGCCAUAACAAAUGGUCGAGCGACAAAAAUAUCAAUUCUAACAAAUAUUGGAUAG